GUUAGAGUGGCUGCUGGUGAACACAGAGGAGAGUGAACACAUUUGGAAAGUUAUUCCCAAUAUUGGAAGUGGAAGAAAUAGAAUGAAAAGAUGGAUCAUUUCAGUUUAUCAUCAGAUGAUAUUGGUUUCCAUCUUUUCACAUGUGAAUCAUUGGCCACAAUUGAGAAGCGGAUUGCUGAGAAAAAAACAGAGCAAGCCAAGGCUAGGCUGGAAAAUCGUGUUCAACAGGCUGAAGUAGAAAAACGUCAGCCCCGACCUUAUCUGACAGCUUGCAAAAAGCUGCCUGCUCUGUUUGGGAAUCCUCCUCUGGAGCUCAUCGGGGAACCCUUGGAAGAUCUUGAUCCAUACUACAAUGAUCACAAGACUUUUAUGGUACUAAAUAAAAGGAAAACAAUCUUCCGAUUUACUGCCACACGUGCCUUAUGUAUACUUAGUCCCUUCCAUCCUAUCAGAAGAGCUGCAAUUAAAGUUUUUGUCCAUCCAUAUCCUUCCCGUUGUUUUCCCUCAUUCUAACACUGCUUUGAAAUACUAGACAAGUUUCCCUCGUUCUGACUGUCUGUUUAUAGGGGGUUAGAUACAAGAUAAUGUGCAUAUAAUAUUGUGUAAUUCUUAGUAGUACAUACUGGAUCUAACUUUACAAAAAUAAUAAUAUUCACAUGUAUCUACUGCACAAAAUUGGAAGUGUGCAGAAG